AUGGAGCAAACCACCAGGGUUUUCCAAAAAACCUCCCGAGGUUCAGAAUUUGGCCGUCUGAGCUUGGCGGGAGAGUUCUUCCAUGGCGGUGGAUGGGUGGGGAAAAGGAUCGAAGAGAUUGAAGAGGAUGCUGGGCUCGAACUGGAGAGCCACGCAUGGACCCAUGGCCUCUCUGGGUAUGUGACCUAUCGAAACGAGGAUCAUACGAAGUUCCUCUGUCUCCUGGUGUCCUAUCCACUGCUGGGCUCCUGUUGCUUCACCGCUCGCUUCGGGGCGCACCUGCAGUUGAGGGAUCCUACAGAGCUGCUCCAGAAGGCACCCGAGUUACCGGAACCCAACCAGAUGCGGAAAGCAGAAGGAUGUGGCUGGGCGAGUCCGAAGGGUACCUGGGAACUGCUGGCGGUGGCCUCGCAGGACGUCAUCGUGCUGCGCUGUGUGCUGCUGCCAGAGGAUGCCAAAGGCCGACUGUCGCGGCAGUUCACCCAAAGGCUGCGGGAGGCCCCCUGGUGCCCUUCGGCGCAGCUCCGGACUUCGUUGCAGGAUGCGACAAGGCAUCUGUGCAUUGAAGUGUGCAACAGGUCCGGAGAGGACUUCGUUUUUGAGAACGAUUGGUUUAGAUAUGGCGGUUGGCUCGCAACUCCUGCAGACCGUUUGCCUGCUGGUGCGAGCACAACUUUGAAACUUUGUAAUACCGACUACUUAUAUGGCAUCAGCGGACUCUUCUGGUAUGUCAACGAGUCGUACAGCGUCUACCUGAGCGUGGUGUUUUCUCAUCCCAUAACUGGACAGGCUGCUUUCCGGGCCUUCUUAGGCGCAGCGCCACCCGAGCUACACCAGGAAUGGCUGCAGGCUCCACCCUUGGAUUUCGACUGUCCCUUGCUAAAGGUUCUAUCCUUGGACCCCCGGCUGUCACGGAUGGAGAUCACUUUGCCUGAGGUCUUGCCCAGGGUGACAGCCGUGACGGAGACGGCCAUGGUGCCCCGGCGCGAGGAAUUCCCAAUGGCCUUCCGUAGAUCUCUCAUCUUGGAGGCGCUGGAGAAGGAACCCUCGGAGCCUGAGGCUGAACCAGGUCUGUUAGAUGCGACAAGACCUCGAGAUGUGCUGGAAGGUCUAGGUUCAGGUCUCACCUGUGCGGGCGCCGGCUUCGCUGCUGGGGGUGCUGCGUUAGUGGCCAUGCCGGCCGUGGGGCUGUCCGAGGCCGGCGUCCCAGGCUUCCUCCUGGGCGUUUUGAAAGGCACCGGCUGCGCUCUGGGGCUGGCCUUGGGCGGCUCGGCGGCGGGCUGUGCUCAGCUGCUGCGGGGCGUGCUCAACACACCGGAGGCCCUGCGGCAGGAGGGCCGGAGGCGUUGGGACACGAAGACGGGGCACUGGGUGGACGACUUCGUGGACUUGGCCGAGGAGGAAUCCAAGGCGGCCGGUCUGUCGGAGGACAUUGAUUCGGAUGAGGACUCACCACUCUUCGGAGGAGCGCUGAAAAAAGAGGUGGUGGACAGUUCCUACUACGACAUCUUGGGUGUGAAGCCCGGGUCCCUCCCUCAGGAGAUCAAGAAAGCCUACUACAAGGCUGCUUUGCAGGUUCACCCCGAUAAGAAUCCUGGAGAUCAGGAGGCGCAGCAGCGUUUCCAGCAGCUGGCAGAUGCCUAUCGCAUCCUCAGCGAUCCGGAGCUGCGUGAGCGCUACGAUCAGCUGGGUCGCAAGGUCGAGGAGGGCGUCAUCGAUGCGCCCUGUGUGGAUCCGCUGCUCUUCUUUGGCAUCCUCUUUGGCUCGGAACAGUGCGAAAGAUAUAUUGGCAAACUUUACCUGGCGAUGCAAACAAACCAGGUGGCCAAAGAACUUCAACGCGGGCCCUCCGAAAAGGUCAGCCAUGCCACGAGGGAGAAGAAACAGUCGAGGAACGAGAAGCAGCUGCAGCAGCGGCAGUUCCUGCGCGAAGUGCGCUGCGCACUGCACUUGCGGAGUCUCCUGGAUCAGUGGGCUGUUCGCCGAGAUGCCAUUGACUUCACCAAGAGUAUCUCACACGAGGCCAGCCUCCUGGCACGCUGCAGUUUCGGGUCCAGGUUGCUGAGUGCCAUUGGCCAAGCGUAUCAGAGCAGCGCAGAAGAGUUCAUGUCAGGAUUGUAUGGACCUCUGACCCUGGAAGCUCAACUGACUCGCUUGAGCUCCAGCUUCCAGGACACGCACAUGAAAACUGCCGUGGGCCUGAGCCUGGCCAAAGCGGCCUAUGCGGCCAACGCGGUCUGCGCUGAAGCGGCUGAAGCGGUGGCCGCUGCCAGCACAGAGUGGCACGCGUCAGGGGAUGGCGUUUCUGAGUCAGAUUCCGCAGCGAAGAGUGUUCCCGCACAAAGAGGUGGCUGCUUCAACGACAGCUUGGAGGGCAAACUCCCAGUUUUCCUACAGACGCUUUGGGAUGUUUGCCUAUUGGACAUCACCUCGACCCUGAAGAAUGUCAGUGGCAAGGUGCUGAAGGAUGUGAGCGUCCCCUGGCAGCUGCGACUGCGCCGGUGCCAGGCGCUGCUGCACGUGGCGCGCAGCUUCCAGGCGCAUGGCGCCUGCGAGGAUCGGAAGGAGCCAGAGAAGGAGAAAGAGAAAAGAAAGGAGGAAGGCAGCACGGGACGAAGCAUCCUGUGCGACUACGUGACCGCAUCAGACCCCUACUACAGGUGGUGGGUGAGUACGGAUGAAGGAGUCGGGACCACCGUAGACGGCCUCUACCAUCUUUGUAGCGGAGACCCCACCAAGUGCACAGGAGGAGGCAAAGAUGAGAGAGUGGUGCACCUGGGCAAGUGGAGGACUUGGACUGAGGAGGGCCCCUUGAGCAUUGCAAAAGAGGACAAGAAAAAGGGCGCCCGCCCGCGAGGCGGAGAUGACGACAAAGAAAAGGAGCGUAAGAAGGCUAGGAUGGCCCGCCUCCAGCAGGAGCUUGACGCCCUCCGAGUCGAGGUGAUGGGUAGCGAGGACGAGGCAGCAAAGCCCAAGAAGAAGAAAAAGGAAGAACGAAAAGGGCGCCCAGCCGCCCCUGGAGGAGGUCGUUCGCCCAGGGAUGUCUUUAAAGGGGCCGAGGUCAAGGGCCACAUGAAACCUGAUAGGAAGGGCGAUGAACCCGAGUCCUCCUCUUACGGUUCAGAAGAUGAGGAGUCGGACUUCGAGGAGCCUCUGACAAAGAGAGAGAAAGAAAAAGAGCGCGCCAUCAAGAAGAAGGCUGCGGCCGUUGCCGAACAAAAGAAGGCUAAGAAGGACAAGCAGAAGAGAAAGACUGGGCGUGACAAGGAGGGGAAGCGCGACAAGAAGCCUGUUAGAAGGGCAAAAGAUCGUGGACCCUUCGGUGUAGCCCCAUCAGAGGAGUGGGAGGAAAGGAAAGUCAGAAAAGACGAUGAGUCCCACGAGUCAGGUAGUUCCAGUGAUGACUCGUCUUUUCAGAAGGCCCCCUCGUCGAGAUCUCACCACCUGAAACUGGUGAGGUACGCGAAGCGGUACCCAGGGAGGUUAGCGGCCCGGUUGCUGAAGCGCAUGGAGAGCGCGACCGGGUUCGGGGGUGGGGCCGAAACAAAACCGCGUCAGACCGGGAAGCCACUCCAGCCGGUGGCACACAUGUACUACCUGGCCAUCAUGACACCUCACAUGAGAGAUCGGUGGACUCAACGAACCCAACGCGAGUUGAAGGUGGCCACCACCCUGCUCGAUCUCAUGGUGAGCGGGCAGGGAGAAGGCUCGCCGAGGGCCGAGCUGGGCCGAAGGCGAUCCGUGGAAGAAAGGCCGGGGCAAAGGCCAGUUUGGCCAAGACCCGAGGAGGAAGGGCCAGGACGGCGCGAAAGGAAAAGGGAAGAAGGGGAACCCAGCCGACCAGGGGACCCCCAAGAAGGGCGAAGGAGCGCCAUAGUCGGAGAUCCGCGGCCGGGAAGUCUCGCUCCACCCGAGCCGGAGAAACCCCCGCGCUCUAGCAAAGGAGACAAGGAGCAAGAGGGCCACGAUGGGCUACGGAUAUCAUCUGAAGAAGCCGCGCCCGGGGUUUUCCCGGAGGAAGGAGGCGAAGGCGCCCCAUCCCGAAAAAGGCAGAGGCACGACAACAGAAGGGACUUUGAGAAGCACAUCCUCAAGGAGUUGCUUCAAGGAGGGAUCCCUAUAAAGAAGGUAGGAAAGAAGAUCUUGGAAGCUUUGGGGCUCUUGCGGACGAGAUUUGGGAAGCUUGAGGAAGCGUUGGAUGAAGGUGCAAUCGACGCGACCAAGGCGCCGGGGCCGGCUGCCCCAGACCUGCUUCCCAUCUCGGUGGCCGCCGUCCGGGAGGCGAUAUGGCUCUCUGACAGUGAAAUUCGGGACUGGAUGGCGUUGGCCUGCCUGUGCCUUAAUUUCUGGUACUGCACAGGGUGGGAUCGACCCACGCACACCGCACACCCGAGAGUUCUGACCGGUGGUCAGAAAGACUUUCUUGUGACGCACCUGCAGCCGGCAAUCGAGCGCAUGGUUGAAGGUGAUCCAGUGUUGCCCUCGUACGAGGAGUUGGAAAGCGCCCUGUCAGCAAAGGGGCAAGACUAUGCCGGGAACUCUUGGGUGGUGAUGGAGCAAUUGGAAGCUGAGAAAGUAGCCCGGUGCUGGCCGGAGAAGGGGCGCGCAGCGGUUCAACCGUUGGUGAAGUUCCUCAAAGGAGAUACAAAGGAGCAGGUGGAAGCACCGUGGAAAACAAUCCUUCCCUUCAGCGAAUGGCCCGAUGACAUCCCGAAAUCUUAUGUUAGGGCCACCACUGAAGAAUGGGAGAAGAUUGUCACAGAAGGGUUCGCUCGAGGACUCUUCCAGGCUUGCCCAGAUGAAGAGGACCUAGAGUCCGCCUUCAACCUUUUCGAAAUGCCAUUGGGUUGGAGAGGUUUGUUUUGUUACGAGAAGAAGGUCCGAGGAGAUCUAUUGGGUUUGCAAAGCCAGGACGAGGUGUUUGUGUCUUUGAAGACCGUCCCUAUGGGAUGGAUAUCGGCGGUGGGCGUGGUGCAAGCAGCCAUUCGCCACCUGGCCUUUGACAUAGCAAAGCUGCCCCUCGAUGGAGAGCUCCAAAAAGAGCAACCCAUACCCGAGGGUGACAAGUUCCUCCUCUACCUGGACUCGGUAGACCAGUUGAGGAUUGUGGACAAGACCUGCUUAGCAAUCCUGGAGGGGUCGCCGUCUGUCGACCACGAACGGUUUGAGGAGGCGUGCAUAAAAAUGGGGCUUCCCAGAAAUCAAGGGACGGCUUUGGCAGGCGCCCUUCGCGGAACUAUCCAAGGAGGAGAGCUCAGAGGCGAUGAGGGAGUGUACAUGUUGCAGCCGAAGAAGCUGCAUCAGAAUGUGGGCUUUUGCUUAACCUUGCUGGCUACCCAAGGGUGGAACCAGAGGAAGACCUCAGGAAUAAUCGGGCGCCUCAUCUUUGCGGCGGCCUUUCGCAGGCCGUUGUUGGCCUGCCUGGCCGAAAUCUUUCAUCAUUUUGCAGACUCAACAGAGCGUACACCAUCAGAUCAAGUGUAUGAUGAGGUGCUCGGCUUUUUGGGCCUCCUGCCCUUUGCCUACACCAACCUGCGGGCCCCAGUCAGCCCAAUGCUUCACGCGACAGAUGCUUCGCCGAGCGGAGCCGGGAGUUGCGUGGCCAAGCAACUGAAGAGGGAGCCAGGGACAGCUAGCUCAGCAGACCUUCUCUGUGCUCGCUGUAGACGCAAUAUCACCGAGCUAAUGGCAGUGGCGGAGGAGAUUGACUGCCCAAAGAAGUGCGGCAGCCACUUUUGCAGCCUGGAGUGUUAUUUGGAACACAGAGACGCGUGUCCGUUAUGGAGGCUGGGGGUCCCAUGUUUUAGUGAAAGAUGGAGUGGUCCGGAAGCACCGCUCACCAAAGCAAUGCUGAAGCGGGGCUUCGACGUAGUGGCGCCCUUUGAUGUGAAGAGGGAUCGCUCCAUGGAUUACUUUACAGAUGAGGGAAAGCAGGUGUGGAGUGACCUGGAACAGGAGGAUCCCGACUAUGAACAUCAUGCCCCGGACUGUAAGACGUUCUCGCGGGCUAGAGGGUGCCCUUUUUACAUUGAUGGCCAGCGCCAUGAUGGGCCACCUGCCCUCAGGGAUGAGAGGAACGUGAUGGGAUUCCCAAAUCUGCGAGGUGAAAAUGCCGUCAAGGUGCGGCAAGGGAACAAAAUGGUGAUGGCUUCUGUGAGGAGAUGUGAGGAGCUGUAUGACCAGGGAAAGUAUUUCAGUUUUGAGCAUCCCUACAGAAGCCUAGUCUGGUACCUCAGGCGGCUCAAAGACCUGGCCAACCGCCCCAAUGUGCGCAUGGCUGUGUUCAGCAAUUGUUGCCACGGGGGAACCCGUGAGAAAUGGACAGCGGUGCUGACCAACAACCGCAGUAUCUUCGAAUGUUUGGAUCAAAGAGACUGCCCACAUGGUGCCGGUGAAAGCUAUCAGCCGUAUUGGGAAAACGGCAGGAUCGUGUAUCCAACAGAGGCCGAAGCACAGUAUCCAGCUGAGCUGUGCAGUCGCUAUGCUGAGGGGGCAGCCAUCAGCAUUGGCCUGGACCAACAUGUGGAGGCGGCACAUGCCGAAGCUCGCAGGGAGGUGAUUAUGCGUGAGCUGGCCGCCUAUCACCGAUGUGAGGACCUGGAACUUCGCCGCCGCAUGGCGUGUACCAUCUUAGCGAUCGAGAAGACCAUGAGACCGGGUCAGGAGCAGCAGCAUAUGAACUGGCUGCUCUCAAAAGGGCACUACAGGGGGUCGGAUGUCCGCCUGUUCUUGGAGCAUCAUGGUGCCAAGCACUUGGUGCCCUACCCAGCGCUGCGCUGGUUGUGGCGCGAGACCCUUUCCUUCAAAUGGAAACGGGAGGCCCAUAUCAAUGUGCUCGAAGCACAGGCUCUUUUAGCCCAUGUGCGGCGAAUGUUGCGUGAUCCCUCCAUCCGCAGCUGCCGCAUGAUGGUGGUAGUGGACAGUCAAGUCCUUUAUUACGCCCUUGGAAAAGGGCGUUCCGCUUCCUCCCAACUGAACCGCAUCCUCAGGCGCCUCAUGGCGAUGGAGCUUGCCGCAGACAUCGCACUUUACAGGCAAGCGUUAAGACGGUUCUUUAAAUGGUUGGAAGCAGAGGAAGAGCAAACACCCGCCACCUAUAGUGCGCUGGAUCGCCUGCUCAGUCACUAUUUGGAGCAUAUGUGGUUGGACGACGAGCCAAUCAUGUAUGCUGGACACCUCUUGAGUGCCCUAUGGCGGUUUUUGCCGGAAUCGCGCUGGUGCAUCCCGAGAGCCAAGCAGUAUUUUGCCAACUGGCAAACUACCCAUGUUUCACAUCCAGCAGCUCCUUUGCCCGCUAUGGCGGUGUUGGGAAUGGCAGGUUUGGCGAUGUCCACUAAGCAGCCCAAAGUGGCUGCCAUCCUGCUGCUGGGCUACCUCGCCUUUUUGCGUACAGGGGAGAUGGUCCAGCUGUCCACUGCCAAGAUCACCGUGGAUUACCCACGCGGUCGGAUUCUGAUUGCUCUGCCCGGAACAAAAACCUCGCGCGGGAGGGAGGAAACCGUGUGUGUGGUUGAUGAUCGGGUAGCAGCUUUAGUAAAUUCUUUAUGUCAGGAUCCGUCUUGUACCUCUUUGUGGCACGGAACUGCCUCAAGUUUCAGGGCUUCGUUAGCUGAAUUUUUCACCUUCUUUUCACUGCAGGAAUUCAAUUUUACGGCUUAUAGUUUUCGCCGUGGGGGGGCUUCACACGCCUUUGCCACGGGGGUUACUUUCGAUGAACUGUUGGUAAAGGGCCGUUGGCAGAAUGCACGCACUGCACGUUUGUAUCUGGAUACAGGUAGAGCGGCCUUAAUUCAAACUCGUUUUACCCCCCCGGCUGCCCACCUCUUAGCACGCUACGCAACCAAGUUGCGCGUUUUUUGCGAUCAACUGCGUUAG